AAUAAUAACCAGUGUUGUAUAUUCUCAAUCUGUUCUGUUCUUCGCCAUCAUCCAAACUGCUUUCAUCUUCUCCCUCCUCAAUUCCUCCUUCUUUACUCAUCACAAUCUGAACCUCAACUACCCUGAGCCUAAUGUUUGUUUGAGUUCGUGAUUUUCCAACUUCACUUUAAUCUCCAUUCCUGUGGAGUGGAUGAGUGAGCGAGAAAGAGAAAGAGAAAGAGAUUCAUCUUCUUAAUGUGAAUCAGCUCUGUGGAUUCCAAAAGUUUCAGUUUCUGCAACUGGACAGAAAUUGUGUGUUUGUAUAUAUAUAUAUAUAUAUAUAUAUGCACGUAUAUAUAGAGAGAGACUAUAGAGAGAAGACAGAGUGGUAGGUGUGGCGGUUUUAACCGUCUAUUGCUUUCGUUUUGCCGAGGAGUUAAGAGACCGAAAUGGUCGAUCUGAAUGUUGAUGCGGCUUUUCUCGGCGGCGGCGGAGGUUUAGCUUCCUGCGACGGAGGAGACGAGGAGGUGGAGAUGAUCCAAUUGACGGAGACGGCGGCCGAUUCUGUUACUUCCACCACCACCUCCGCCACCAACAAUGCCGCGGCGGCGGCCGAUGAGGUCGACUGCAACAGCUCCACGGGGAAGAGCGCGGUGCGGACAAUCAAUUUCUCAAUCCUCGAUAAGGACGCCGUCGAUGAGAUUGAAGACGAUGCGAAUGACGCUUUUGCUCAAAGCAGAAACGAGCUGCAGCUUUUUCCGAUGUCGUCUCCGUCGCCGUCGCCGUCCCCGGCGACUGUUACAGCUACCUACUGGCUGGACAUUUCUAUGCCGGCGAACUCUGGCAGCGUUGUGGCAGAAUUGGGGGUUCCCAUGGCAGCGCAGUUCUCCGCCAAUAAUCUGGUCCCGGCGCCGCCGCCGCCUCAAGCCAAAAAGAGCCGCCGUGGACCUCGCUCCCGGAGCUCGCAGUAUCGAGGCGUCACUUUCUACCGGCGAACUGGAAGAUGGGAGUCACACAUCUGGGAUUGUGGCAAGCAAGUCUAUCUAGGAGGCUUCGACACAGCACACGAUGCGGCACGAGCUUAUGAUCGUGCUGCGAUUAAGUUUCGUGGAGUCGAAGCUGACAUCAAUUUCACUGUCCAUGAGUAUGAACAGGACAUGAAACAGAUGAUGAACUUGUCGAAAGAAGAGUUUGUUCGAAUACUUCGGCGCCAAAGCAACGGGUCUGCAAGAGGUAGCUCGAAGUACAGAGGUGCAGCCCUGCAAAAAUGCAAUCGAUUCGACACUCGAAUGGGUCAAUUCCUGGGGAAGAAGGCAUAUGAUAAAGCUGCCGUCGAAUGUACCCGGAAGAAACCUGUCACCAAUUUUGAGCCCAGUAACUAUGCUAAGAUGGACAUGGUGUCCAUGGAUGGAGGUGAUGAUCAAUGUAACCUUGAUCUCAACCUUGGGAUUUCCUUAUCUUCUGGAAGUGGUCACAAUGGAAAUGACGACAUGAUUAUGCGCUUUCUUCACGAAUCGAGCGAAUUUCCCGGCAAGGCGCGAUUACAGGAAAGAGCUCCAGGAAUUAACGCUGAAGCUGUUGCUGUGACUACACUCGCAAACUGGCAAUGGAAAAUGCCACUCGCGUCGUCUUCUUCUUCCGCAGCAUCAUCAGGAUUCUCUUCCCCAACCGCGAAAUAUACAUAGCACACGGUUACAUUUCAGCAUUGUAGCCGCGGCCAUAUAAAUAAUAUAAAAUAUUAGAGUACCGGCCGAGCUCACAUUAAAACGUGAUUACCAUGGACCAUUUAAGACCUUGAGACACCUCAGUCCCUUUCGCCGGUGCUCGAGGAGAAAGAAAAGUCGUUCAAAAUUUUGAGUUCCUGUUGGGAAAAGAAGAUCGGAGAAUUGAGAAGGUCAACGUUGUUCGGAGCCGGCACUAUUAGGGACCGCAUCGAGCUGCCCGGAGAAGCAGUCUGAUGAGCCGCCGCCUCAGGAACGGUUGCCGCUGUUCUUGUCGAACAAAGUGAUUAUUAUUUGAUAAAGUAAAUAUAAUAAAAUCGUAGGUGAAUGAAGGUGUUAAUGAGCCGAACUGAGUUGAGGUUUGAUGUAUGUUUGAGCUUGGCCAUUAGGGACUCGAGGUUGUUUCGUAUUCAUUAGUUGAAAGUUACGAGCUGAAUUUUUAUUUUUAUUUAUUUAUUUAUUUAUGUUUUAACCUUUGACUAGUUAAACAAUUAAUUUGUUUGUGUU